CGGUAAUCCGUACACGUGUCAUCUGCUGCCCAAUGGACGCGGGGAGAGGCGGAAAAACCAUUGCGUCUACCGUGACUGCUCCUCAUCUCAAACUUCACAGAGAGGCAUAAUGAGGACCCUGAACGACUGAAAUCUGGGAUUUGUACGCUUCUGGACUACCAAUCCACAUUUAGCAUGGAAUAAAGUGUAACUAUGGGUGUGAAUUCCGUGCAUUGGUUUCGCAAAGGGCUGCGGCUUCAUGAUAAUCCGGCUUUACAGGAAGCUCUGAAUGGCGCGGAUACUGUACGCUGUGUUUAUAUUUUGGACCCGUGGUUUGCAGGUUCUGCCAAUGUGGGAAUCAACAGAUGGAGAUUUUUACUGGAAUCUUUGGAGGAUUUGGACACAAGUUUGAGGAAACUGAAUUCAAGGCUUUUUGUGGUGCGGGGACAGCCAACAGAUGUCUUUCCAAGAGUUUUCAAGGAGUGGAAUGUCACACGUCUCACGUUUGAAUACGACUCGGAGCCUUACGGGAAAGAAAGAGAUGCAGCCAUCAUUAAAAUGGCGCAUGAAUACGGUGUGGAAACCGUGGUACGAAACACUCACACGCUCUACAGUCCAGACAGGAUCAUAGAAAUGAACAACCACAGCCCCCCUCUCACUUUCAAGAGAUUUCAAGCCAUUGUGAACCGACUUGAACUUCCCAGGAAACCGUUGCCGACCAUCACUCAAGAGCAGAUGGCAAAGUGUCGGACGCAGAUCUCGGACAAUCAUGACGAACGCUACGGCGUGCCCUCUCUCGAGGAGCUGGGUUUUAAGACUCAGGGUGACGGCUUGCACGUAUGGAAGGGUGGUGAGACAGAAGCCCUGGAAAGAUUAAAUAAACACUUAGACAGAAAGGCCUGGGUAGCAAAUUUUGAGAGGCCUAGAAUAAGUGCUCAAUCACUAUUCGCAAGCCCAGCUGGACUUAGUCCUUACCUACGAUUCGGCUGUCUGUCAUGUCGUGUUUUUUACUACAAUCUGCGGGAACUUUAUAUAAAGCUGCGGAGACGCUCCAGUCCACCCCUCUCGCUCUUCGGGCAACUCCUGUGGCGAGAGUUUUUCUACACGGCGGCCACCAACAACCCCAACUUUGACCGUAUGGAGGGAAACCCCAUCUGCGUGCAGAUUCCCUGGGAUCACAACCCCGAGGCGCUGGCAAAGUGGGCAGAAGGUCGAACAGGGUUCCCUUGGAUCGAUGCCAUCAUGACCCAGCUAAGACAGGAGGGCUGGAUCCACCACUUGGCCCGGCAUGCCGUAGCCUGUUUCCUCACUCGAGGAGACCUGUGGAUCAGCUGGGAAAGCGGAAUGAAAGUGUUUGAGGAGUUGUUGUUGGAUGCAGAUUGGAGUGUGAACGCGGGCAGCUGGAUGUGGCUCUCCUGCAGUGCGUUCUUUCAGCAGUUCUUUCAUUGUUACUGUCCCGUAGGCUUUGGCCGCAGGACGGAUCCGAGCGGAGACUACAUCAGGAGGUACAUCCCGAAGUUAAAAGACUAUCCUAACCGCUACAUCUACGAGCCAUGGAACGCUCCAGAAUCGGUGCAGAAAGCGGCCAACUGCAUUGUGGGUGUGGACUAUCCCAAACCUAUGAUCAAUCAUGCAGAGAGCAGCCGGCUUAACAUCGAACGAAUGAAGCAAGUUUACCAGCAGCUGUCGCACUACAGAGGCCUUAGUUUGCUCGCCUCAGUCCCUACGAUCCAGGAAGAGGCGGAGCCUCCCAUGUCAGAUGACUCUCAGGCCAGCAGCAGCACUGCCGGUCAAGCCUGCACGCCCACCCCUGCACCAUCAACACCGCCCAGCUCAGAGCCCUCCAGCCCGACAGCAGCUGCCCCCGGCACCCACACCCAGAGGAAGAGGGGUCGACCCUCUGAGCUCAUGAGCAAACAGAAGUCAAAAGUCCAGCACACCAACCAAGCCAAAGGAGUCGAGCAGAAGAUUGACGACAAGCAGUGACCACAGGUUGAGACUGCAUUUGCAGUCCCAUAUCCAAGGGAGUCGGAGGAGUCUACCUCCCAGAACCAUCGGACAGACGGAAACGGCAGGAGAAAAGUGUGAAAUGGCGCCACCUUUUGCAGAAGAACAGAAACGGCACUAAUAAAAAAACAACGACAAAACAUUUAACACUGCAGUUCUGUCAAGGCGUGUUAUACUGUAGAUCCAGGGCUUCUUUCCCAAACAUCCUUCAUAAACAGCUGCUUUUGACCUGCUAAACUAAACAUGAUUGUAUGAAGAUACAGAUCUGUUUCAGAUGUUUAGUGCAUUGCGACCUGACAGAAAUGAAAUGGAUAUUUCCGUCGCCAUUGACAGUUUAGGGUAAUGAGUGAUUCGCAGAAAUAAGUAUUCAUGAAAUCUAGCCAAAUUUAUGCAACUCGAGUUAAUGGUAUGUAAUAGAAAUGAUGAGGGAACAUUUGAAGAUACGGCCUACAGUGUUCCGACCACAUGAAUUGAGAGUUGUAAUUUUUGUAUGAAGUCUGAUAUAGUUGAACUCUACAAUUGCUUGCAAGCUACAAGCAACUAGUUCGCACAAGCAAUGAAGAAUUUUACUUCUUCAGUUUCUGUUUUGGUCAUUUCUCCCUAUAAAUAUACGCUUUGUGUAACUCCGAAUGCAAACAUUUCAUUGCCACUGGCUGCACUAAAGUUUUCUGAAUUUAACAGCAUUCGAUUCUCAUAUUAAUUCAAUAAGCUUGAUUUAUUUACCGAGUCAUUCAUUAUAACGUUUUCUAACAGUUAACGACGAUUAAUUGUACAUUCCACUAAAUGUGUUCGUUCACUAUAAUUUAACAAUUUAAGAUGUUCUCUCUGGCAAUGUGGAACAGCUUUAUUUAUUUUUCCUCCCUUUUUUCUUUUUUGUAUUGUAUAAAAGAGUUUAUUUUCAUUAAAAGGCUGACGGGAUUGUUAAGCUGUUCUGUUUGUAGGCAGUAAUUUAUUUAAGCCUUUUCACUGCAUGCUUCUGUCAGCGACAAUGUUUCUGCGAUAUAUUGCAUCUACGAUGUUUCUCUGUAGACUACAAUAUAUCAAAUAAAUUUCAUGACUCUAUUUGAAA